CCUAUAAAUGUGGAUGGGAGACUCUGAUCAGCACUGUCACUGAGAGCCAGCACAUAUGGAAAUAUGACCAGCCACUCCCAGGGAAUUCAUCAGCUUUUACAAGCUGAGAAACGGGCCAAAGAAAAGUUAGAGGAAGCCAAGAAGAGGAAGGGAAGACGGCUGAAACAAGCAAAGGAUGAGGCACAAGCUGAGAUAGAUCAAUAUCGUCUGCAAAGGGAGAGAGAGUUCAGACAAAAGCAAGACUCUAUCAUGGGUUCUCAAGGUAACCUUUUAGUCAAAGUGGAUGAACAAACCAGAGCAAAGAUCAAUGGGCUCAUAAGCAACCACGAACGGAAUAGUGAGAAGGUUCUGCAAGAUCUCUUGGGGAUUGUUUGUGAAAUCAAACCGGAAAUCCAUAUUAAUUUUAGAGAGGCAGGCUCCCAUUGAUGGGAUAGACAGCGGUGAAUUAAACUUUAUCACACUAUAAAUGUGGUAUCAUUGAAGUUAACUGACAUUGGAUAAUUUGCAUUUUUCAUGAAAAACAAUGUUGAUACUUUUUUUUCAACUAAUCAUCUUGGGACAUUUUCUUACAAUAUAAAUACGAUGGCUACCUUUAUUCACCCCCCAAAUGCAGUUAGUCUCAAGAGAGUAUGCUAAUCUACCCCCCCUGAAAUCGCGUUACCUAUCUAACUUCCUUUACAAAAGGGAAUGUAGGGACAGAAUGACCAUACAGCCUCUUGAGGCUGUACCACCACUUAGUUAGAAAAUGGCUGAUUGGUAUCUAAAUCCAAAAGUUGGUGUGGAAAAAAUUCUGCUGCGGUCAAACUGAUUGAUCUUUGGUCUGAUUAGAUUAGAUUAGAUUACUUACAGUGUGGAAACAGGCCCUUUGGCCCAACAAGUCCACACCGACCCUCCGAACAGCAACCCACCCAGAACAGUUCCCCUACAUUUAGCCCUUCACCUAACAUCUCGGGGAAUCUUGCAAAUACCAGAAACAGUCAGAAAGGGAAAGUUUGUUUGACAUCAUUUGAAAUUCAGGUUCAUAGAACAUAGAACAUUACAGCACAGUAUAGGCCCUUUGGCACUCGAUGUUGCACCAACCUGUGAAACCAAUCUAAAGCCCACCUAUUCCAUCAUCAUCCAUUUGUUUAUUGAACGACCAUUUAAAUGCCCUUAAUGUUGGUGAGUUCACUACUGUUUCAGGCAGGGUAUUCCAUGCCCUUACUACUUUACAAGUACAGAAACUACCUCUGACCUCUGUCCUAUAUCUAUCACCCCUCAAUUUAAAGCUAUGUCCCCUUGAGCUAGCUAUCACCAUCCAAGGAAAAAGGCUCUCACUGUCCACCCUAUUUAAUCCUCUGAUCAUCUUGCAUAUCUCUAUUAAGUCACCACUUAACUUUCUUCUCUCUAACAAACACAGCCUCACAUCCCUCAGCCUUUCCUCCAUGCCAGUCAACAUCCUGGUAAAUUUCCUCUGAACCCUUUCCAAUGUUUCCACAUCCUUCCUAUAAUGCAGUGACCAAAACUGUACACAAUACUCAAACAGCAGCCACAUUAGGGUUUUGUAGAGCUGCAACAUGACCUCAUGGCUCUGAAACUCAAUCCCUCUACCAAUAAAAGCUAACAUAACAUAGCCUUCCUAACAACCUGGGAUCAAUGCACAUGGACACCGAGAUCUCUCUACUCAUCCACACUACCAAGAAUCUUACCAUAAGCCCAGUACUCUGUAUUACUAUUACUCAUUCCAAAGUGAAUCACCUCACACUCUUCCACAUUAAACUCUAUUUGCCACCUCUUAGUCUAGCUCUGCAGCUUAUUUAUGUCCCUCUGUAACCUGCAACAUCCUCUGCAUUGCCCACAAUUCCACCAACUUUAGCAUUAUCCACAAAUUUACUAACCCAUCCUUCUAAGCCCUCAUCCAUGACAAACAGCAGUGAUCCCAAAACAGAUCAUUGCAGUACACCACUAGUAACUGACCUCCAGGAUGAAUAUUUGCCAUCCACUAUCACCCUCUGUCUUCUUACAGCUAGCCAAUUUCUGAUCCAAACUGCAAAAUUACCCUCAAUCCUAUGCCAGAUUCAUGUUGAGAGUCAUCAUUAGGAUUCCCAACUUUGGUGGAAUGAAUUUAAAAUAUCAGCUUCAAUGUUAGGUAUCACUUACAAUUGUUCACCUGUAAAAGAAAUUCACUAAACAAUUAAACUAAGUGUGACUGAGAGGAAAGAUUUAAUAGGGACAGAAAGGGCAAUUUUUUUCCCCCACAGAGGGUGGUGCAUUUAUGGAUGAGCUGCCAAAGGAAGUGGUCGAUGCUGGGACAAAUUUAAAAGGCAUCUGGAUGGGUACAUGAAUAUGAAGCGUUCAGAGGGAUAUGGGCCUAGUGUUGACAAAUGGAACUAGAUUAAUUUAAAAUAUCUGGUCAGCACGGAUGAGUUGGACUGAAGGGUCUGUUUCUGUGAUUUACAUCUCUAUGACUUUAUGACUAACUUGUUAGUUACCAUUCUCACAUAUUCUAAUAUAAACAAAUUGUUAGAAAAUUGUGUCUCAAUCUGGCGCCCAGUGAUUGUCGUCCAUAUUGACAUCCAAUAGAAUGUUAGCUGUAAACGUGCAAGUUUUGAAUUUUUUUUAGAUUAGUUUUCCAAAAUUUCAAUUUGAUUCGCUUCAGUUGUUUUGUAUGCGGGAAUGUAGCCAGGUUCAGUUCCCAGAAUUUGAGUUAUCCUCUUACACUUAGAACCAUACUUCCAACUAGUGACAGAUUGUACAUUUUCUGUGCUCUGCAUGAUCACAGUUUGACGCUUUUGACAACUGGGCCAGGUUUCUGUGUUUGUGGUGCUGAAUUGUUAUCAACCAACGGACAGGCUUUCAGGGAAGUUGCAAUAACCCAGACCUUUUAAAGCUGGAAUCAUAUUUCAGCGAUUAAUUUGUGGCACCUCUUUUGGCCUCUCUCGAAAAUAUUUGAAUAUUCUCAAGUUUAGGAUUUGAGAGACCCGUGCCUUCUGACUUUUCUAAGUCAUCAGCCUACAACUGGGGUUAAUAGCUGAAUGGUUGAGUAAGUCUGUCACUGGGAGAAGGGAGCAGGUUUCACAGUUUACUUGGCAUGAGUCAGUUCAUGGGCACCAGCUAAAACAGUGCCAGAUCAAAAGUAGUUUAUACCUUGCAUGGCCCAUUUUGGUUUACAGUUACCAGUUGCCCUGGUGACAUCCUCUCAACAGCCCAGAGAUGCAUCAGCAGUGGCUGGUUUUAAUUUGCUUGUAUUUCACCCUCUCAGGUGACAUUUAUUUCUUUAGUACCAGGGGAAAAGCUCAGCUUUGAUGUGAACAGGACACAAAUAGCCCAUCCGCAUCAAGCACUCAUGAUUUACAUAUUAAUUAGUUAUUAUAUGAAACAAGAGAUGGACUGAGAUACUCAUGUGCUUGAGAACUGAGGUUACGCGUUCCUGCUUAUUUUCUGUCUUUUUAUUUAAAUAUCAGAAAUACAAAUGCAAAUAGCUGCAAAAAUAGCAAAGCGAAAGCCUUUGAGAAUAGAGCCCUCUGUGCAGCAGGUAAUCAAUUUAAACUGUUUGAUAUACUCAGAUAAGCUGUUGUAAUGAGUUCUUUUUUUCUCUCUGUGGUACUUGGAGUCAAUGUUUAAAAAUGGGAUACAAAUCAAAAUGUCACAGCAGCAACUCAUUUGUGAGUUUCAGUUUCAUUCCCUUAAUAACCCAACAUAAAAGAUGCACAAUCCUUUAUCAAGGAGAUGGGAAUCCUAUCAAUUCUGUGGUUUAUCUCUUCGAGGUACAAAGUAGUAAUUUGUGACCUUCCACUGGAUCACAGCGAUAAUUAGUGAAAAUGUGUGAAUUAAGUUAUCUUAACAGUCUGCUAAUGUUCACAUUGAGCAGUAAAUUACCUUGAAGCACUUCCCAAAUGCUAGUUUAUUUCUGUCAGGCAAAGGUGUAUUUUGAAACCCAAUUGUUCUCAUUUCUGUGAAGGCAAUUAUGCUUAUUUUCGUGCAUAAAUCCCCAAAUGACAUGACUGAAGUUCAACUUCACAAUAAAAAAAAUUGAGAACACAA